AUGGCGAAUGCAGAACAACCAAAUGCGCUCAUGAGCGACAACGAUCGUGAGAGAUCCUCCUCUCCGCAGGGCUCAUUUGAGCACGUCGUUUACGAGAACUCGGAUUCGGACUCGGUGACCCUAUCUGGCUCUGAUCAAGCACAGCAAGCUCAAACUCACGAUGGCAAGCGUGAUUUUAAAUAUGAUGAAGCGGCCGAAGUCAUGUCGGAUACCGAGACGUUACCUGAAUAUAAGCCCGAGACCUCUCACUAUGAGACGGCUGCUCUUCUGACCAAAGGCGCUUACCAUGAUCAAGAUGCGGCCGAGCAGGCGGAUGAAGGGGGCAGUAAGUGCUCUCGACGCGGUUGCUUUGGCCGUCGUCGAUGUUGUCGUCGUCGUGGUCGUCGAGCAUCAAUGAAGUGCGACAAGAAGCGUCGUGUACGCAGACGCAUCGCGUUCUUUAUCAAGACUUUUUUGCUGCUUGGUUUAUUCUCAUUUCUGAUGGUCAAGAUGUGUCUGCGGCAUAAAAGAGGCGAACACUUCUCCGACUUUGAAGAUUUCUCUACUCCAAGACAGAUUAUUCGCAAUUAUUAUUCACACGAUAUUUCCGGUCAAUUCCCUCUAUUUGACCUCCUAGCUCUCAAGACUACAUCGGGUAAUAUCAAUGUUGUCAUUGCGCCGCAGCCGGCCGGCCCUGAAUAUCCUGAUGAACCAGCUCGUCUGCUCUUGAAGACGGAUUCAGGAUCCAUCUCUGUGGCCUUUGUUCAUAAGAGUGUACUUUAUCUAGUCACUUACGACAACGGUGACAUUGAGCGACUCGACACCCUUCCCGCGGAUUUCGAAAACCUGGAGAAUGUAGGCGUGGCUAGUAUCAUGCGGACCGAGACCCAGAUCCCAUAUCGGCCGUACGAAGUGGUCAUUUCUACCAGGAGUGGUUCUAUAAAUGGCAGAAUCAUUUUCUCUUCCUCCGUUUACCUAGAAACGCAUUCGGGCGAUAUCUCGGCAUCUCUUCUUCCUGUGGUCCCUCUUGGUGACGAUGCUGUUGACGCCAUCACUGAUGGUACUUCCAUUGUGACUAAGACGCUCAGCGGUACUCAGGCAAUUGCAUUGGGUGAGCCACUCUUUACCAACUCUUCGGAGGAAGAGAAGGCCUCUUAUAAUAUUACUGAAGAUGUUUUUUCUUCAUACUCGGCUACAUCUUCGCACAUUAGUGAAUCCGGGAACCUCCAGAUCAGCUACCCGCGUUCCUGGGCAGGUAAUCUCACGGCCUUGUACAACUGGGGCCCAGUUGCGCUUGGAGGUAGGGGCCUUGAGAUCACGGAAAGUAAUCAUAGGUAUACGAAGGGGUUCAAGCGUCCUAAUGACGAUGAAGAUAAAGCGCAUGAAUGGUGGGGCAGCCGUGGUGAUAUGGAGGUUCUUCUGAAAACAGAUUCCGGUGCUGUUAGCUUCCAUGUUUAG